GUGUGUGUGUGUGUGUGUGUGCGCGCGUGUGGUUAUGCCUACCUGCUCUAUUUACCGUAAAGAUAUGGUGGAAGACCGCGGAAAUGGAACUGUACCACAUUUUUCAAUGUUUUUUUUUUCCCUUUUUCUCUCUGAAAAAGUUGUGAACAUAACGGGGUAACGGGAAUACAACACGUCAAAGUUGGCCACGCAUGCGAAUAGAAGAUGGAAAGUGAGGAUAUAACAACCGUGUCCAGAGACAGGCCAAAGAUGAGUUUUGGUGAGCAACACGAGGAGGACAGAGCAGGCUCUCCAGUUUCCACGUGUCUGUCUCCAAAGAGUGACCACUCCAAAGACGUUCCUCUCACCUUCAGUAAUGAACCUGGACUGUUUGACACAAAACCAAAGAUGAGGUCUGGAAGGACACACGAAGAGGACAGAGCAGACUCUCCAGUUUCCACGUGUCUUUCCCCAAAGAGUGACCACUCAAAAGACGUUCCUCUCACCUUCAGUAAUGAACCUGGACUGUUUGCCGCAAAAGAGAGGAAGAGGACUUACGCUGCCAUCGAGAACGAGCUGCCCUGCUGUGCUUUGUGCAAGGAGGUCGUGAGGCCUUCACAAUAUACCAGCUGUGGACACUACAUCUGCAAACAGUGUAUUGCUUCACACUGGGAAGACUGCAAUUCAACAGGAGACCCCCCUUGUCCUCAAUGUGGAAAAAGAUGCAAUUACAGUCGAAUUGAACAAGGCACUGGCAGUAUGCAGGAGGUUUUAGACACUCAUAGGAUAAGUCUCAGAAGAAGAUGUGAAUUUGCAAUAGAAGGGACUGCUGAAAGGGGAACUUGCAUCCACCUGAACAGUAUCUACACUGAGCUUUACAUCACUGAAGGACAAUCUGAAGGAGUUAAUAUCCAACACGAAGUGUGGCAACUUGAGACACUAUCCAAAAAUGAGAAUCUAUGUGAAACUCCAAUCAAAUGCCAUGACAUCUUUAAGGUCUUACCCGGCCAAAGGGGAUUCAUCAGAGUAGUCCUGACAAAUGGCAUUGCUGGUAUUGGAAAAACCUUCUCAGUGAAGAAGUUCACUCUUGAUUGGGCACAGGGCCUGGAAAAUCAAGAUGUCAGCCUUGUGAUUCUGCUUUCUUUCAGGGAACUGAACUUGAUCAAAGAGUACAGUCUCCUGAGACUGCUUCAUGAUUUUCAUCCAACGCUACGCAUGGUCACAGCACAAAUGCUCGCUUUCUGUAAAGUUUUGUUCAUCUUUGAUGGCUUGGACGAGAGCAGACUUUUGUUGGAUUUCCAGAACAAAGAGCUUGUGUCAGAUGUCAACCAGAAAUCAUCGGUCAACUUGCUGUUAACAAACCUCAUCACGGGCAGUCUGCUUCCCUCAGCCCUCUUGUGGAUAACUUCCAGACCUGCAGCAGCCAAUCAGAUCCCUCCUUCAUAUAUUGAUAGGAUGACAGAAGUAAGAGGAUUUACUGACACUCAGAAGGAGGAGUACUUCAGGAAGAGAUUCAGUGAUGAGUCUAUGUCCAGCAGAGUGGUCUCACACAUCAAGGCUUUCUAUUGUAUUUGCAGGCUCUCUUGCUCUGGACUCUCUGAGUGGCAUUGUGAAGUUCUGUCCUCAGCUCUGAUGUCCAACCCCUCCCACCUGCGGGAGCUGGACCUGAGUGAAAACGAUUAUCUGCUGGAUUCAGGAGUGACGUCGCUGUGUGUCGGACUAAAAAGUCCCAACUGUAGACUGGAGAUUUUAAGCUUGAAGAGUUGCAGUUUGUCAGAAAGUUGUUGUGAGUCUUUGGCAUCAGCCCUGAAGUCUACCUCAUCUUGUCUGAGAGAGCUGGAUUUAAGUAACAACUACUUUAAGGAUUCAGGGGUUAAGAUGCUGUCUACUGGAUUGGAGAGUCCACACUGUCGUCUGGAAACUCUGAGAUUAAGUUGCUGCAGGCUGUCAGAUAUCAGCUGUGGGCAUUUGGUCUCAGCUAUAAAGUCCAACCCCUCACAUAUGAAAGAGAUAGAUCUGAGUAAAAACAAAAUUAAGGAUCGAGGAGUCAUUGUGAUGUCUUCUGCACUGGAGUCUCCUCAAUGUGAGCUGAAACUUCUGAGGAUUGAUAGAUGUGGCCUUACAGUGGACUGCUGUACUGCCUUGUCCUCGGCUCUCAAGUCCAACCCCUCCUGCUUGAGAGAGUUGGAACUGAGUAAUAAUGAUUUGCAGGACUCAGGAGUGAAGCUACUGUGUGCUGGACUGCAGAGUCAACAUUGUCGACUGGAGGCUCUGAGAUUGAGGGGCUGCUGGUUGUCAGACAACUGCUGUGCUUCUUUGGCCUCAGCUUUAACAUCCAACUCAUCCAGUCUGAGAGAGCUCGACUUGUGUGAUAACGACCUACAGGAUUCUGGGAUAAAGCAGCUGUCUGUUGGAUUGGAGAGGACAUAUUGUAGACUAGAGACCCUGAGGUUGAUUCGCUGUAAGAUCACGGGUGAAGGCUGUGCUUUUCUGGCAGCAGCUCUGAAGUCCAACCCGUCCCAUCUGCAGGAGCUGGAUCUGAGUAGAAACAACCUGCAGGAAUCAGAUGUGAAGCCGUUGUCUGAGGUCCUGAAGAGUCCACAUUGCCGACUAGAGACUCUCAGAAUGGAAGAAAUAGAGUAAACCUGGGGUAUAUCUCAUCAUGGGCCGUGUGCUGUUGAUGCUGAGGCUGCAAGGAUAACCACUUCACUGCUCCACCACUAGUCUGAACAUGACUUCAUGUCACCUGUUUCCUAGUCACUUUUUGACUUCUAAAUCUGCAAUUCCGGGAGGGAUUUGUUUAUUUCAAGAGAACUGAUUUGAAUUCUGUUAAAAUCUAUUCUUAAAGAUAUUUAUACAUAGUUUAUAUCACUGAUUAGUUGAUUUUUUAGAGGCAUUGUGUAAGGUAGUUUUUUGUUGUUGUUGUUUCAAUGCUGUUACAUUUGUACUGUGUUCAGAACGUUAAAAUGAACACUAAUCUUAAUCUUUGCAAGGGUUGACUGUAGUUUGUGCAGUGCUGAAGAAAUAUUUAAAACCAGUACUGAAUAAAGCAUUUACAGAAAACAGAUGAACAGAAAACAUACUGAACUAUGCUGUCCUCUUGAAAGCCAAGUUUAUCCAGUGAACUUUGUUAGUUUCUGUCUUUUCAACAACACAUACUGCAUGAGGCCUUCAUCUCAGCCGUGCUCCGACACAUGCACUGAAAGCCAACCAAGAACAAAUUGUCUGCAAGACAAAAGCAAACUAUUUUUUUAAACAGAAAUGUAUGCAGUACUGUAACUUGCAUUUAAUGUCUUUAAUGUUUUAAUAAAGCUAUUAGGGUUGUUUGAA